AUGCCACACACUUAUGGCGACGAAGACCUCGAGAACGUCGACGAGAAGUACCACGAGUCGUCCGAUGAGGACUUCAACCCCGAAGCCGCGCCUCCCGAAGAGGCAUCCAGUUCCGAAGACGAAGACCAUGUCACGAUAGAACCCACACAGCGCAAGGGCAAGCGGAAAGCGCCUGCCGAUGAAGACCUUGAUUCUGGAGACGAAGUGACAAUACAAGCUGCGCGGAAGAAGCGGGCGAAGAAGAAGGGGAAGAAAAGCGGCAACGAUGAUGGAGACGAGCUGAUCAUAUCAGAUGAUGAAGGCGGGGAGGGCGGGCUUGUCAAAACGCGGGCGCAACGGAGGAUUGAAGGAAAGGAACGGAGACCGCUUGCAAGGAUCGAUGGCGCAACUGUGGAUGUCGAUGCGCUAUGGGCCCAAAUGACAGCAGCGCCUCUGAAGCCUUUGGAUUCCACAGCAUCACAUGAAUCAGCUGCACAACAAAAUCACGUACCCGUAGCCAACAUCCCAGUAUCAGCGGAAGAGGAAGAACAGCUCACGAUCAAGAAAGUCUUCACUUUCGCUGGGCAGGACACUACCGAGGAGAAGCAAGUUCCACGCUCGCAGCUCGACAAAUACCUCAAAGAUGGGUGGACGACACUCGAUGCGUCCGCAGCGACAAUACCCACAACAGAGUCCCCCAAAGAUCCCUCCGAGUCUAGUGGACCCAAGAUCCGUCGUCCCCUCCGCCGUCCAUCCCGAUUCGACCCCAACCCUACAGGCUACGUCCGCGCCCUCGCACCCGAACACCAACUUUUCUGGCCCCGUGCCGCCGCUGCCGAUCUACAACGCGAGCAGGAAAUUCCGCCAGAAACAGACAUCUCGGUCGCGAAGAAGGUCGAGAAGGCGCAGAAGCUCAAUGUCGUGGACAAAUCGCGCAUGGACUGGACAGGCUUCGUGGACAAAGAGGGCAUCGCAGAAGAAUUGGAUACACAUGGAAAGACCAAGGAAGCUUAUCUGGGCCGUAUGGAGUUCUUGGCUGGUGUGGAGGCGCGGAGAGAAGAAGAGAGGAGGAAUUUGAAAAUCAAGGCUGCUGCUGCUGCUGCGCCUACGGCGGGGUGA